AUGACGCGUGUGUUCUUUCGCCUGGGCGUGAAAGAUGCCAAUGCAUCGUUUGUCCAUAUUGAUCUUAUUGCACUCAGCCUUCAUUUCGUCCUGGCAGCUUUGGACGGCCUUCGAGAUGCGUGGAGAGAAGGCAGCCGGAACACAAAAGCGAGGGCCCAAAUAUUGGAGUCUAUCCUGGCACCGCUCUGUCUGCAGCAACGCUGCCGUGGGUCGUACCCCUUUCGUAUCCCUCAACAUCAAGUCAUGCAGCAUCAGGCUCUUCUGGGUCUGCAGCUCCUAGGCUUUCUUCCCGGGCCGUGUCCUUCUCCAUCAUCAUUAUCAUCAUUGGCGUCAUGUGGCGCUUUGCUGAAGCCCAAUUUUUCUGGGACGACCUCCGCCACUCCUGCAGACGCGGCUGGGGCAGCCACUCUGCCAGCAGCUGCAGCGCCAAGAGGCGGUGCUUACGGCGGUGGGAUGCCUCCCGUCUCUAGCAGUUGGUUCGUGCCGCCUUCUUCACAUCCAGUUGCCUUGACUGGUGAAGCAGUCCACAACUGCGGGGCAGGAAGUGAAGGAAUAGGGUACAGGGACGUUGCUUCACUCGCGCACCACUCGGCCCGUGGGGGUACUUCUGAAUGUUGCUGCUGCUGUGGAUACGGCCACGAUCGGGCGGGCCCUGCGCGUGCAGGAGCAAAGCCUUCGUUUAGCGACGAUUCACGCAUUUUCCCCGAUCGAACCGGUCACUCACAGCAUCGACCGGGGGGCCGCCACCAGCCAUCUCCUGGAGAUCUUCGCUGCAGCACUUCAGAAAAGGCAGCGAGCGCACGCGUUCCUCUGCAAGCAGGCAACUCCGGUAGAGCCGGCAAUGCAGGAAUGAAAGCCGGUGCCGGCGGCUACGUGGCGACCGGAGAGGUCGUUGGAGGCGGCGGGCAGACGGGGCCUAACGGAGGCGCGAAGCAGAGAAGAGGCAGAUACAGGACGGCUGCUGUUGUCGCUGCCGAGGAAGGUGACGACGCAGACAUAUAUAAGAAACCGCGGCCGGCUGUGACGUCACGACGCGUUCUGCUGCAAAGGCAGCAACAGCAGCAUGCUGCCACCGGAACAACAGGAGGCGUCGGACAAGCCUCGACUAACGGCGCGUGCGACGUGCCCGAGGUGAACAGUCUGACACCCUGUCUGCACAGUGACAUGAAUGAACAGAGCACUGCUGCUCCUUGCAACCAGCAUCUCGGCGAACUAGAAAAUGGUGAAACAGACGACACUCUCGCGGAGCAGGACCCGGAAGCCACCAGCGUGUCCGACGCAGUUAUCAGCACACCCUCGGCAGGCGCCGAGCACUCCGCGUGCGGCAUCGAGGGGGGCGAUUCAGGAGAACAACAGCCGCAAAAGGAUUUGCCGCCGCGCAACGCUAUUCCCGCGGCGGGACAACGGUCGGCAGGGUGCAACGAUACCUCUGGCGCUGUAGAUACCGCAGCUACAGGACGGACAGCAGCAACAAAUCUUGAACAUUCGCCUACUCAGACGCCACCUCCGCAAUUGCAGCAGAGCGGGGCUGCUGCCGUCCCUGCAGCUGGGAGCGCACCGCAUUCAGGCAAACAUGCAUCAGUUGGAGCAGGCGCUACUAUGACAAUGAGGACGACUCGACACAACAAAACAAAGCAGCCGGGAGUGUUUCAGUUCACUAGGGGCAUCAAGCGCUUCUGGGCAGCUAGUUGGUACGCGGAUGGACACCCAGGAUGGAAGGCAUUUUCCGUGGAGAAAUGGGGUAACACUGAAGCUCUCAAGCGCGCCAGAAAAGCGUACGAGGAGAAAGUUCCGCAUGGAGCGGCAAUGCUAAAUACAUAUAAUUUGGGCACGGACGAGACGGCGACGGGAGACGGAGAUACAUCUGUUACGUCUCCAAGUGGUGGCGGCGCUGUCAAUGGCAGUGAAGACAUUCGACGCGGCACUUUAGCUGUCAGUGACAGCUCGCAGCAGAAGCAACGGCCAAACAUCGGGAAAGAAUCCCAGCGUCAGCAAGACCGCGGUGUCCUUCUCCAUCAAGCUAGCAAUGCGCCGCGAGCAAACAACGGCCGGAAGAAACAGCAACAAAGCCAGUCGGGCGCGGCAGCCGUUGAAUCUGCGUCCGACCAGCGGGGAUCCGAUUUGACCUUCCAUGGCAGAAGCACUGGUGCCUCCUUCGGCAGUAGUAGCAGCAUAUUCAGUGGAGACACUGAGAAGCACACGAAUCGGUUCCCCGCGGCCACACAGACACAGCAGCAGCUUCAAGGAGACGACUUUCUUCAGGCAUUCUGGGACGAGUUUGAUAGCAACGACAGCCAGGCUGUUGGGACAGGUGGAAUUCUCUCUUUGGGAGGAUCGUCAGGCCGAUGCUCCGCAUCUUCCUGUUACGACAGUAGUAGCAGCAGCGGAUUCUAUUUGAGGAGUUCCCUCAGCUACAGCCCGAGGCCCGGGUCGGGGGAAUCCUCCGACGGCCAUCAAGGCUCAGCGAUGGAUGGACACAAACAAAAGAUACACAACUUUUUCGGAGAACCCGGCACGGAUCAGGGUGCAUUGCUCGGACGAGAUCACAGUAGUAGACACGAAUUCGAGGAGGACGAUCUAGCGUUGCUGAGCCCCACACAGUUCCUCUUAGGCUCUGAGAACGAUGAUAUCACAGGCAAAUUGCUACUUUCCGGACCUGACAUGGACACACCGACGUUGCCCCACAAGAGCCUUUUCACCACCGAGAUGAGGGCAUGGGCCCUUGUUGCCGCCGCGACUGCUGAAGUCUCAGCUGUGGCAGGUCUCGCAAUUCUGCGGGGAGUCUGGGUGAAAGAAAUUAACGAUGGAGCCGCAGUCCAUCUAGGAUUGGCAGCAAGCCUCCACGCUCUUGUGCAACUUCUUGGGGCGGCGGUACUUCCCGUGAUUAUGCUCAAGACAAGCUUUACAACUGCAACACGGCUUAUGCUCUUUCUGCACGCUUCGUUCCUUCUUAUUCUUGCCGCUGCUGUCGGCACCGAUUUGCCGUCCUUCUACUUGACUCAUGUCUUAACUGGCCUAGUGUCCUGCGCGGCCGAGACCUUGCUGAACUGGACCUUACUCACUUCUCGAGACCCCAUUGAGCAACUCAAAGAUUUCGCCAACUUCCAGAAUGCGUAUUCUGUCGGACCGCUCCUCGGUGCUGGCGUCUGUGCUACUGUUUUCACCAGCUACGAGUUGUGGGCAUACAACAUGACAAGAACAGGAACGGUGGUUUGUCCGUCAGAACACGGAGUUCGAGCCGUCUUGGGGAUUCAUGGGCUCAUCAUGAUCCUCAGCUUCAUCGCUCAGUUCAGCGCGCCAGUUCCUUCAAGCUGUGUGGCAGUUCGAGGGUACACUUACGAAGACCUGAUGGACGCGCUGACUCUCAGUAAGAACUGGGCAGACAAGGCUGCUACAGAAGAAGAAAUAGAGAAGACCAAUGAACAAGAAAGGAGGCGGGUUUCGCUGAAGGCAGGAAUGCCGAUUCUGAGAGUUGCUGAAGACGGCAAGAAAAUUGUGCGGCAUCCCACGGGAAGAUUCCAGCCAGAGGCGGCAGGUUCCGGAGACAGACCCACCAUAGAAAAGACGAUCUUCGACCGCGACAGCGAGGAAGACUACGACGAUACUGGCAGCGAUGAGGAAGAGGAUAGCCUCGACGGCAGCGGGGAGUUCUCUAGUACUGACAUCCACAGCCAGGCAGCCGACAGUUCCGACAGUUCCGACCAAGCGGUGUCCCCAGCAGUCGAACCUGCGGAUGAUUACCAGCGCGAGCACAGAGACAAGUGUCUCUCGAAACUAGACUCCGCUGAAGGCAUCAGACUCGCCGACGCAGUCCCGGUGGAUCUGCCGAGUUACCUGGAGACCGUAAAAAAGACAACAAAAGACAUUAGCAAAUACGGCGGACUAAAGCAAGCGCCUCUGGAGUUCAAAGUUCAUGAUGAGAAAAGGAAGGAGCGAGCAGAAGUUCGCGGAGGAAAGGACCUUCAGCUGGUUUACUACGGUUUCUCUGCAAAUGCUCAUAUUUGCUUCACCACCAAAGAAGUGACGGAAAGAGUUGCAAACACCUGGAUAGAGAGACAUAUGGUCACCAUACCGCAAUUGGAUUUCCUGCCCCUCAAGUCUUACAACAAAGAGAUGUUGACGGAUGACGCGCUCAAGAAUUCCGUUGCAGUCGUCCGGCACGCUGUAUACUAUAUUGUGGGAAUCAUUACCCAGAUCGGAGUGCUUUUCGCCAUGGGCUUCUCGGGGGACAGGGCUACUUCCAUCAUGCUGAUGUUGAUCUGCUGCUGUGGGGUUGGCAUGUUCAUUCCGGCCGGCGUGAAGGCAGGGACCAAGAUGGUGCCCCUGAUGAUGCAGCUCCAGCAAUUCGAUAACCAGCUGUGCUCGGCUCACGUUGUGAAAAUCAUAUCUCCCACCAUUAUAGUGACUGUUUCUUUUAUCGUAACAAGUACAACCUUUUGUCUGCGUCCGCGUGCGUGGGCAUUCGAUGGACGACCUGGCGCGGAAGAAUCUGGACAGUGUUUCUCGGCGACCUUAACAAAGACUGUGGAUGCUUUAGAAGCCGCUACCGAAACUCCGCAGAAGGAGUUAGCUCCUCAGCCACAGACUGGAGGGGCGAACACAACCGGAGAUCCCGUAGAGAUGAUUCAUACAAACAUUGCUAGAGUGCAACAGGCGAUCAAAGAUCUAACGGAUAUAGGGGAAAAACCUGCAGUUCUGCCCGGAUGUGUCCCUGAUGCUGACGAGGCAGUGGACGGAGACGCAACUCCGGCCUUUUGGGGACAAAUUGCAAAAACAUUAGAUGGCCACACGUCCCCAUUGAGGGCGCUAAGCCGCCAGCAUGCCAGCCGCAUUUGA